UGGAUAGCGCAGAUUAAGGGGCAGUAUUAUCCCCUUCUGACAUCACAAGGGGAGCCAAAUUUCAAUGAACUAUUUUUUACAUGCUUGCAGAGAAUGGUUUACCAAAACUAAGUUACUGUGUUGAUCUUUUUCACAUGUUCUAGGUUAAUACAAGCACUGGGGACCCAAUUAUAGCACUUAAACAUGGACAAAGUCAGAUUUUUAGAUGUUUAUUGUUAGAUCAUGUUAACUAAUGCAUUAACUAAUGUUAACAAAUACAACCUUAAUGUAAAGCAUUACCAGUUCAAUUAACUGAGCUCACACUUACUGAUAAAAUGCAUUGAAUGCACUUAGAUGCUUUGUUUUUUAUUUCUUAUGGGUUUGCUGUAGCUGUCUCCCAUGACACUGAUUUGUCUUAACCCAAAUGUGAAAGUGACAUAAUGACCAAUUUAUUGUAACUCAUAAUCUGAACUUGCAUUUACCCAUCUGCAAGUCGUGAACACACACACAGAGCAGUGGGCAGCCAUCAUUGCAGCGCCCCGAGAUGGGGGACAGGUGCUUUUGCCGACCAUGAGACUCAAAUCAGCAACUCUUGGAUUACAAGCCCAACUUCCUAAUCAUUAGGCCACGACUGCCCAUGUGGCGUUUGGUGGAUAUAUGGAGGACUAGGCGACUGACAGAUACUUAUGUGGAAAUACGUAUAGGCAGUGUCCUGUGCAUACAGCCAUGCUUUAUGAUUAUGGGAUUUAUCUUUCUUUAUUUAUUUAUUCUUCACAUCAUUCCAACAUUUAUGGCUAUAUAUUCGUGUCUAGAACUGGUUAUUUCAUUCACAGAGGUUGGGGAGGGGCAAUUUGGUAUCUUCAAUUCACCUAACUUGCAUGUUUUUGGCCUGUGGGAGGAAACCGGAGUAAACCCAUGCUUACACAGGGAGAACAAGCAAAAUUCACACAGAAAGGCCAUUUGAUCUAGCCGGUGCUUGAACCCGGAGACCUUCUUGCUGUGAGGCAACAGUGCUACCCACUGUGCCACCCAGAUUAUGAGAUUUAUAGUGGAGCAGGCACAAGUACAUCAUUGAAAAGUUUCUUCCUUGUUAUUCUUCCUUGCUAAUUAUUUUCUUAGGUCAUUUUGCUCAUCAAGAAAAUAUAUCUUGAUUAAGAAUUGUUAGAUAGCUAAACUGAAAUCAACACAACAAUACUAAGUAAGAAAGUCAUUUUUGCAGUGUACCCAUCCAUUCCCUUGCAUAGUAAUGAAAGUGGUUUGGGAAAUUUCCCUUUUUUAAAUCCCAAUGUUGACAUGCAUGCAUACUGUACACUGACACCAAUCCAUGAAAACCAAGGUGGAAACUGUAACUGGGUCAAAGCCCACUGUCUUAUAAAAGAGAUGCAGGGAUUGUAUGGAGGGUGUGAUGAGUUUAAUUUAAAGAAAGGGCAAAGCAGAUGGACACACCCUGUUGGAUACUGACAAAGACGAUCAGUUGGUAAUUUCAAAUCCAGCGGGAUGUGACAUUUUCAACAAAAUAAAGGUUAAUUCAGAAAACAGAAGAAUGUUUUUGUAAAGUAUUAUUGACAAUACCUUUUGUACCUGACCUAGAAAAAGAAAAAUAGACAAACAUGCUGUCUUUUCAUAGAAACAUGUUUCCAGCUUUUGGAAAUAGUUAUCAGUCAAGUACUUAAGUAAAUAUAGCAUACAGGUAACUGUUAAGGACAGAGCUCUUAAGAGUCAUUGUUCUGGAAACAAAAGGAAUCCCCUUUACUGUUUUUAUAUCUAUGUAUAUUUCAACAACCCUUAAAACUCUUUGACGCGUUUAGGAACCCAGGUGUUUGGUUUCAUCUGGGGAAUGUCCUGUCCUAAUAGUGGAACUAUUUGUGUACAAUUUUAAUGAAACCAGUAACUAAAAAAAAUUCAUAAAAAGAAAUUCUAUCUCUAAACUUGUGAAAAGUGACCAACACCUUUCUUUAACACACUGGCAACAACAAAGUGACUGCACCCACCAAACAUUCUUUUAAAACAGUCCAUAAAGUUGUGAACAUUUUCUGACAUAAUACUCAUAAAGAUAACUACAUAGUUAUAUACAUUAAUAUUGCAGUCAACCUUAAAUUAUUUAAAUGAACUUUAUGCUGUUCAGGAUUAAGGUAAUCUAGAUCUUAAGAUUUUACUCGAAAAAGCUAAAAUUAUUCAUCCAAUUUUUAUAAACUUAAUAAUAAAAAAAUUUAUAUAUUUACAAUAAUAUAUUUACAUAUACUGUAAAUAUAUAUUGGUAAGCGUUUAAGGUUAUUAAAGCUACAAUAACUGCCUAAAGUUUCCUAGAAAUAUAUCUUAAUGAGACUCUUUUGAUGAAAGUGUGAGAUACUUCAGUGUACAUGCUCAAGUUUCAGAUAUUGUCUUGGGAGUUCUCUGUUUAAUCACCAAUAAUGAUGAAAACGUUGUUUUGUAAACUUAACUACCAGAUCUGGAAAGCUAUCAGUGCAGCGAUCAGCAACGAGUCUCGUGUUGCUCUGGUCUUUGUAAUGUUGUCUCACACACCCAUCUCUUCUGUAUAAAUACUGAAUCUGAAAAACAUCUGCAUUAAAGCGAGGUGAAGUUACUCGUCAGCUUGUCAUCUGAGAGUUUCUGCACACACAAGAGCUUCAUCUUCGCUUGUAUCGAGAUGAUAAAGUUAGCCCUGCUGAUAUGUUUUGCUGGGCUCUUUCCACAAUGUGAAGCUCAGAAUAAUGUGGUAACAUGUCUUGCUAGUAAUUCCUUCAAACCGGCAGAAAAUGCUGACAUUUCAGUGACGUGUGGAACCGAUUAUAUGUACCUAAAAGUUCUGCUGUGUCCAAUGUACUUUGGGGGAUACAAUGAAUCUCUAAUGGCCCUCAAUGGAAAGUUCAACAUCCCGGCUUGCUUCGGAGUAGCAGACUGGUCAGCAAAUCCUCCUGUUUUAAAUUUCAACUUCUCAAUCUCUCAGGAGUCACUGGCUCUCUGCGGCAUCAAUAUGAAUAUCACAAGUCAGACGGGUACUGGAAUAUUUUCAGACUUCUCCCAAGUCCAGUCUGUUAAUAUCUCCGGAUUAAUCAAUGCCUGGGAUCCCAGCAUCAGCACUAUCACUUACAGGCAACAACUCAUGUACCAGUUUUCAUGCAUGUAUCCACUGCAGUAUGUAGUGAACAACACCCAGCUCAGUGUGUCAGGAGUAAGUCUUGCUAUAAAGGACAACAAUGGUACCUUCGUCAGUACUUUAAGCAUGAAUCUGUUCAGUAAUGUCAACUACACUAGUAAACUCCAGGUACCAGUAAACGGACUGCAGUUGAAAACCCGAAUAUACGUCCAGGUCAAGGCAACAAAUCUCACAAAUAAGUUCAAUGUGCUACUGGACCGAUGCUACGCCACAACAAGCCCGUAUCCAACCAGCAGCUCCUCCUAUGAUCUUUUCGUUGGGUGUACUCGCGAUCCUCAGACAAGGAUCGACAGGAACGGGAUAGCUCAGGAAGCUCAGUUCUCCUUUGAGGCUUUCCGCUUUGUGGAACAUAAGAACCUGUCUGUCUCUACUUUCUAUCUGCAUUGUAUUACACGUCUCUGUGAGAACUCCACUUGCGCCUCCUUGAUUCCGAAAUGUGUAAGAAAGAGAGAAAUACAACAGCCAGUUAACUCGAGUGACGUCGCUACAGUUUCCUCUGGACCAAUCAUGACCAGAUCUGAAAACAGUGGCCCUUUGACCGCUAAAUUGGUAUCAGGAUCCUUCCGUCACGAAAUGACAUUUGUUGGCAUAGUUACUGGCCUGUUCAGCUUUUAUCUCGAAUGGUUGUCUCCGUGGUAAUCAAAUCUACAUCAUUCAGGAUGCGGACAUCCCUUUCCACUUGAUGUUAAAGCAACAUGGCUUCGCUUUCUUAUGUUGUGAGAAUGUAGUCAAGUAUGAUAAAUGUAUAACCAGUAAGCCAGUAACAGCUCUGUUUCUUUCAAUUUAACCCAGUAGGUAAGAAGCAUCUUGUUCUAUGAGCUUAGAAAGGGAAAAAAGUUUACAAUGUAGUAAGAUAUGCACGAAAGCAGCUUUUGCAACUUUUGCAAAAAAAAAUUAUGAUGCUUGUAAUAUUUUUUUAAAUAUAUGUAAACCUAAAUAAAAAGUUGUUGUUAGAAAUCAUCUUUGACCCUGUUGUUUUUC